AUGUGUGAGCUCAGUGGUAAACGACGAUGCUAUUCACAUCGAGACGUAGCGAUAGUCGUAGAUCCAAAUGCUUCGAUGAGGUUCGAUCAUCGUAAAUAUUAUCUGAGUAAUCGCGAUUUUGCUGACAUGGGAAUUCCAACAAAUGAACAAAUAAUAGAUAUUUCACAACGUAUUGUUCUACAUUGGAUAUGUUUACAAUCAUCAAAUACUUCUCAUAAUCAUAAAACAGAAUUUAAAUCAAAUUUAGAUACUCAAUGGUUUUCUCAAACUUUUAAAGAUGUAUAUAUGAACUAUAAUACUAUUAAUGAAUGGAUUAUUGAUAAAGGAUCAACAACAGCAAUAAAUAAUGAAAAUAUUAUGUAUGAUUUACUUGAUUUGAAAAAAUUUGGUGAUUAUACAUUUAUUGUUAAAUUAUUAAAAUUAUUAGAUUAUAUUGAAAUAGAUAAAGAUGAAAAAAAUAAUCAUAUAGAUUUAUUAAAUAAGUUAAUUCUUAAACAUGAAAUUAAAAAAUUAAUUGAGUAUAAUACUACAAUUGAUAAUGAUAUAUUACAAAAUGAUAAUCAAAUUCAAGACAUUGAAUCAAAACUUCCUGAACAAAUUCAAGAUUUAUUUACCACAAUUAAUGUUAUUAUUGCUUGGACUGAUCAAACAAAACAAACAUUAUUACCUGAAGAAUUUCUUUAA